UUUGCAGGAUAACACUGUGUGUCUUUGUUGUGCACAGGAACUUUCACCAACCGCAGCUCCUUUCAAGACGUCUCUGCCACUGGUGCUGAUCCCAUGCCCAGCUUCUGCUGCACAGUGGGAGUGGACUGGAAGUCCCUGACCACACCGGCGUGCCUCCCGCUUACCACGGACUACUUCCCUGACCGGCAGACGCUGCAGAACGACUACACCGAGGGGUGCUACGAUCUUCUGCCGCACAGCGACCUGGACAGGCGUGAAGAUGACGCCCCCGUGAUGAGUGCAUCUCAGGUGUUUGAGGAGUUCAUCUGUCAGAGGUUGAUGCAGGGCUACCAGAUCAUCGUCCAGCCCAAUAACAGAAAACAGCCGCCCGCUGUGGCCACGCCCCUCGGCAGCAGCCCGCUGUACUCCAGAGGCCUGGUGUCUCUGCGUCGAACAGAGGAGGAGGAGAGCGUCUACUGGCUCAGCAUGGGCCGCACCUUCCACAAAGUCUGCCUCAAAGACAAGAUCAUAACGGUUACUCGCUACCUGCCAAAGUACCCGUACGAGUCGGCUCAGAUCCAGUACAGCUACAGCCUGUGUCCGCCGCACUCGGAUGCUCAGUUUGUUUGCUGCUGGGUCGAGUUUGGACACGAGAGGCUGGAGGAGUACAAGUGGAACUACCUGGACCAGUACAUCUGCUCCGGUGGCUCGGAGGACUUCAGUUUGAUUGACUCGCUCAAGUUCUGGAGAACUCGCUUCCUCCUGCUUCCGGCCGGAGGAGCUCGCCGGGUGGCGGACGGGGAGGGACACUGGGACGUUUAUGGGGAGGGAGCGGGUGCUGGAGCGGGUAACAGCGGGGACUGGGUCCUGUUGGACGGCUUCAUUCGUUUCCUGGAGGGUCUCAACCGCAUUCGGCGCCGGCACCGCUCUGACAGGAUCAUCAGGCAGAAGAGUGCGCCCCUCAAAGGGCUCCAGGUGACCAGCCCGACUCUGGAGGAGCAGGCGAAGCCCUCAGCAGCCGUCAGCGACCCUGCAAGUGUGACCGCAGCUCCCACAUACGUGGACAGCCCCCGCAAGGACGCCGCCUUUAUUUUGGAUUUUAUACGUAGCCCUCGUUCCUCCUACAUCUGUCACUCUCAGGAAGGCUUCUCCGCUCUCAAGUUCAUGGACGGAUUCAAACUUGGGACCAAAGCUGAGGCGCUCGUGCAUUUCCUGCAUGCACUGUUUCCUGUAGCGUUUUAG